AACGCGCACUCAUCCAUCAUCCAAUUCCACUGAUCGCAGAAGUGAAUGCACCGCUCAUCUGAGCGCUGAACAGGCUGCGCUCUUCUUUGUGCAUCAGUCCUCCUGCUAGAGCAGAUUUCGCAUUAGCUCUGGCCACGGAUUCAGCGCCAGUAAGCUACUUUUGGAUACAUCAGUUAUUCAAAACUAUCUACAAAUGAUUGACACAAUUUUGUAUUGCUGAGGUAUUUCAAAGAAAAAUGUAAUAUAUACUAUAUUGCCUAUUUGACAUAUUAGACAUACCUGUUAUGUGGCACUUUUUCCGUCACCACAAGAUACCACUGUGCGCAAUGGGAGAACAGGUGCAUUAUAUGUUAAGUAUGAGCCACAGGGCAGAAUGUUGCCUUCCGUUGGAUUUCCAGUAAUGGUCAGAAAACUCUUGGCUGAAAUUAAACCAUUCCAAAAUGGAUCUAAUGUGACGUUAAAGUGUACAAAUAAAGGUGGGAUGUGACACUAGUGUCCCCUAUCUCAACCCUGAAACAGACUCAACCCAGCCCUCCUCCCUGUCAAUAUGGAUCUCUGGCCUCUCCUCCCAUCAUCCCCCAACCUCUCCCUCCCCGAGCCCCUGUACUAUGACAGCUACUUCCCAGGGAACGAGUCUGACCUGGGGUCCCGGAAUGACACUCCUGACGAGACCCAACAGGUCUUCGACAAGACCAGCUCCGUGGUUAUUACCUUCAUCUACUUCAUGGUCUGCGCCGUGGGCCUGACGGGCAACACCUUGGUGAUCUAUGUCAUCCUGCGCUAUGCUAAGAUGAAAACAGUCACUAACAUUUACAUCCUGAACCUGGCCGUGGCUGACGUCCUCUGUAUGCUGAGUCUACCCUUUAUCGCCAUGCAGCUGGCCCUGGUCCACUGGCCCUUCGGCUCCGUGCUCUGCCGUCUGGUCAUGACCGUGGACUGCCUCAACCAGUUCACCAGCAUCUUCUGCCUCACGGUCAUGAGCAUCGACCGCUACCUGGCUGUGGUCCACCCCAUAAAGUCCACCAAGUGGCGGAAGCCACGCGUGGCUAAGAUCAUCAACCUGACCGUGUGGGGAGUGUCCCUGCUGGUCAACCUGCCAAUCAUGAUCUUCAGCGGUCUGAUGCCCAAUAAGAACGAGGCGUGGGUGUGUACCAUUGUGUGGCCAGAGCCUCAGGAGGCCUAUCAGACGGCCUUCAUGUUCUACACCUUCUUCCUGGGUUUCUUCCUGCCACUCACAAUCAUCUGCCUCUGUUACCUGCUCAUCAUCGUCAAGGUGAAGUCGUCAGGCAUGCGCGUGGGCUCAACUAAGCGUAAGCGCUCGGAGAGGAAGGUGACCAGGAUGGUGUCCAUCGUAGUGGCCAUGUUCGUGCUCUGCUGGCUGCCCUUCUACGUGUUCAACGUCACCUCGGUGACGGGGACCAUCAACACCACGCCUGUCCUCAAGAGCACCUUUGAGUUUGUGGUGGUGCUGGGCUACGCCAACAGCUGUGCCAACCCCAUCCUGUACGCCUUCCUGUCGGACAACUUCAAGAAGAGCUUUCAGAACGUUCUGUGCUUGAAGAAGGUGGCGGGCCUGGAUGAGGCGGAGCGCAGCGACAGCCGCAUGGAGCGGACGCGCACGGUCAAAGACGUCACCGCCGAAACGCGCAACGCGGCGCUGCUCAACGGCGAGCUGCAGACCAGUAUAUGACCUGUUUGCCAGAGUGUGUGAGACAGUGUUUGUGUGCGUGCUUGCUUGCAUGUGUACGCGUGUGUGUCUGUGUGCAGGUAUGAAAUCCGCAUAGUACUCGGUUCAUCUGAGGUGGCCGUGGGGCUGCUUGUGAGUAUCGUCACCCUGAACUGAUGGAUGGUCCUCUGCCCACUACCAGAGUGUAUGUAGACGAGUUAGAUAGACUAGUCAUUUUAACAUCACUCUCCUAUAAACUGCUGGGCAGUGGCCCAGUCACCAAGGAGGUCCAUACUGUCUUUUACAACAUACCUGUCAAGAUCCAUCUUGGAAAACAGAGAAAAAAGAUUGAUUUGAAGAAGACGAAAAAGAUGUCCUAUCAUGUUUCAUUGACAUGGAUUGAUUCAUACUGUCUUGAGAGCAGGAUAUAAGAGAAAGAACACCUUUGAUAAAGCAUCUUAUUUAUUGAUAAGGAAGAUGUUACUCGCCAAGUCAGAUCCCCUUUGACUGAAGCUGGAGACUUUCGAAUUCUGCAUCCAGGAAGGUUGGAAAUCCUAUCUGACUGCAUUCGUGAAGCUUCUCUGACUUCAAACAAGACAAUCUCGUCUGGAUGUAUAUACAGUGCCUUCGGAAAGUAUUCACACCUCUUUACUUAUCCACAUUUUGUCGUGUUCCCGCACAAAUGUAAAAUGGGUUCAAUUGAGUGUGUGUCACUGGCCUACACACAAUACCCCGUAAUGUCAAAUUUAAACAAGUAUUCAACCCCUUUGUUAUGGCAAGCAUAAAAAUGUGCUUAACAAGUCACAUACAGUAAUACGUUGAGUGGUCUCA